GGUCACAAUCUUUGGGACGUCGGACGGCGGCGACACCUCCAAGCCCACCGCUGCGCCGAUAUCACCGUCGCAGCCAUGAGGCCUCUCCUUACCCGCCUCUUCACCUCCACGCACAUUGCCAUGGCCUCCUUCUCCUCUUCCUCUCCGUCAAGGCGGUUGGCCCGUCUCAGAUGCCAUCUCGCCUCCUCUUCCGGCGAGCUCUCCUCAGUAGGCGCCCCUGCCGCAGCCGCCGACGCCGUCCCCGCGAAAAGCCCGCGUCCGGCCGCCUCCAAGGUCUACGCCGCCGUGCUCGUCUGCCUCUUCGAGGACCCCAGCGGCGGGCCCCGGGUCCUCCUCACCAAGCGCGCUUCCUCCCUCAACUCGCACUCCGGGGAGGUGUCGUUACCCGGGGGGAAGGUGGACGAGGGGGACGCGGACGCAAAGGCCACGGCUCUGCGGGAGGCGAAGGAGGAGAUUGGGCUGGAUCCGGCCCUUGUCUCUGUUGUGACAGUUCUUGAGCCCUUCCUAUCCAAGGGUCCGGCGACCCGAUGGCUCGAGAAUGGGCUCAAUGUUGUUCCUGUAAUUGGCAUGGUUUCAGAUAGAGCACUAUUCAAGCCUGUCUUAAACAAAGCUGAAGUGGAGGACAUCUUUGACGCACCGCUGGAGAUGUUUCUAAAGGACGACCACCGGAGAACAAAACAAAUGAAUUGGAUGGGCAUAGAUAUUCCCGUCCAGUUUUUCGACUACGAGGCAGACGGCAAAAAAUUUGUGAUUUGGGGCCUAACCGCACACAUCUUGACCCGUGCGGCGGCAGUCGUUUUUCAGAGGCAACCAUCGUUUGUUGAACUACCAAGACCCAAAUAUGUAAGCGCACCCGUCGCUGGAACUGAUGAGACCAAACACUAAUGUUUUAUGAUUACUCUGUCAGGGGGCGUUUGGUUCAGAGCCUCGCUUGGUUGUAGAAUUAUGUUUCCUUCCCUCCACAUGUUGGCUGGCAAAGUUACCAAGAUUUGUUUUGUACAUUUCACUAUAGUUGUGAAUUGUAUUUUCAUGUAUAGUAGACACCAAAUAGUACUGGCACAUUUGCCCCUUCAGAUUUUGGGGCAAUGAAGACUUGGUGGAAGAGGAGGGCUACUGCAUGCACUUUGUGACAAAAGGAUGUAUCAUAAACUCUAGAAAAAUAUGGCAAUUUAUUUUCCACGCUUCCUAUAUUUCCCGAAAAUAUGGCAAUUUAUUUUCUCCACUCUUCCACCAAGUGACCCUAAAGAUCUAAGUGUUGUCUUUGUUUAGUUCAA